CACAGAACUAACAUGUAGGUAGAAGCUUUGCAAUGCAGUGAAAAAAAGUUUGUGGCAGUGGUUUUGAUGUAGUUGAUUAAAGAAAACAGCAUUUAUCUAAAGAAAUAAAUCCAAAAAAAAAAAAAUCAAAUAAAAAUUAAACAACCUGUUGGCUUGAUUCAGAUUUGUGCUCAGCAUGGAUAAAAUCAGAAAAAAGGUCCAAAUGAGGAUGUUUAAGGACCAGAGAGACCCAGACGUUCAUAGAUAUAUUGUAGACAAUGGAAUCGUCAAAAUCCAACUGCAUUUGGAACAACUAAAGAAGGAAACGUCGGGCCUAAAAUUGAAGUAUGAAAAAAAGGAUUGGAAAAGAAGAGAGAAAAUUUUGAGGGAAACGAUAGAAAGUAUCAAAGCAUUGCUUGCCAUACUUAGCAAAACGACGGAUGAUGCCCUCGUGCGAUUCAGGCAAUGCAAAGAAGUUUUCCCACUUGUCUUUGAAAUUGGCAAAGCCACCUGUACAAUUACGUGCAUGAUAUCUACACAUUUAGCUAAGAGAUUUUCUCCCGAAAAUAGAAAAUUGUGUUUUGGAGUUUUGGAAAUUCCUGUUAUUUUCGAUGCUGUUUUAGCAUAUUUAACACCAGAGACACCAACGGAUUUAUCAGAUGGUGUUUCUAUUGAAGGGAUUCUAAAAGAAGCAAUAAUAUUUUGCAGAGCGAAAUUGCAUGAGGAUUGCAUCGAUUUCAACAUAUAUGUUUCGAGAGAAGUGAGAACCGUCUUAAAAAUAAUGGGACAAAGCAAAUUUAGAACUCAAGGUUUUAAACCAUUCCUUUUGAGUGUGGGGAAGCAGUUUUUGUUCGUUCGGAGAGCAUGUGGACUUACAAGGGAAAUUUUAAAAUGCACCUCUGAUGAGGACUGGUCAUCGAAUUCUUUUGAAUACAAGAAAAUGUUUAAAUGCAUAAAAGGGUUGCUAAGCUAUGGAGUAAGAGUUCUUCGCAGUCAGGGUUUCGAUGAGAAGUCAUUGUAUCAGUUCUACAGUGUCGAUAUUGUUUGCAAAAAAAUUAAACAAUGCAACGAAAACUUGACGGCAGGUAUUAACCUUGAGUGUCCAUGUUGACGAAGAAUGGAAAACACUUUGUCGAGACGCUGAACAUUUUCACUUAAUGUUUUGGAAAAAAGGAUGAUAUCGUCAGGAAAAACAAGAAAAGAGUUGCAAACUUCUUUACGGAAGCAAUGUUGCAUCAAACGUUGAAAUGUGGCCGGAGCGUUUGUAAGACCGAAUGGCAUGCGGGUGUAUUCAUAAAGUACAAAAGGUGUAGUGAGAGCAGUUUUCUGUAUAUCCUCUUCUGAAAUUUCAAUCUGAUUGUAACCGGAAGUGAGAUCUAAAGUAGAAAAUAUGGAAGAUCCAUGCAACACGUCGAAUGUUUCUUCAACUCUCUGCAGGGGAAACUUGUCUUUGAUAGUUUUCUCGUUGAGUUUACGGUAGUCCACACAUAGCCGCAAAGAGUUGUCUUUCUUUCGAACAAGCACGAUCGGAGAUGCGAAGGGACUUGUACUCUCGCGAAUUACACCGUUGUCAAGCAGCUUCCGAAUAUGUUGUCUAACCUCUUCAAACUGAGAUGGAGGGAUUCGACGAUACUGUUGAGAAACUGGUGCAUUAUCAGUAAGACA